AUGAACAGGCUGCUGCUCUUACGCCCCAUAUCGCGAGCGGCGGCUCGCACAAACGGUGCUGUAGCCCCGGCUCGCAGAGAUCUUGCUCGGGCCUUCUCGACGACUUCAUGUCAGAACAUUCGCGCAACGCCUCCAGCGAACAAGAGGAAAAAAGGCAUGACGGAAGUGGAUGCUGAAUUUUUUGGAGGACCUUUUGAAGCGGCGCCUGGGCAGUCAAAACAGCAGCAGCACUCAAAACAGCAGCCAAAGCAACAGCAACCGAAAUCAGAGGCAAAACCUCAGCAGUUGAGGCCUUCGGUGGUUCAUUCUGCACGUCCAUCAAAGCAAACAACCGACUUCAAAUCUAAGGAGGUUGUGCAAGCAGAACAAGUGGAAUCGACGUCUGCACUCCCGCCGCAACUUGAUGAGCAACUCUUCGCCGACCUUCUCUCGAAUGAACCUAUCAAUAUUGAAGAAUAUUACGCGUCAUGGUUCUCCUUAGAGACGCGACAGGCAUUAGAGCAGCUCCGCAUAGACAGAUAUGCAUUUGUCUGCUCCAUUUUGGAGACCGACCUUUGCUCAUCUCUAAUCAACGCCUUCGACCCCCAGACAGAAGAAGAAUUCGAGAAACGCUUCCUGGCCUUUGAAAUAUCGGAAAAGAAUGAUGAUACACCUCUUCUUCCCCUGCUCGAGUUCUUCCUUCGUGGAGGUUUGCAGCUGUUGCCGCCCAAACUUAAUGCUAUGCGCCCUGAGGAAUGUAUCCAGCUCGUCAAACAGUCUGUAGUCGAAGAAGCCUUCAACACGCAGCAAAAGGGUCCAUGGCAGCUUAAAAGCGAGACUGUUCAAAACUACAUCUCAAGCCCGGUGGAAUAUCCAGACCUCAUGACUCCUGACAGCAUCCUGGACCCACGCGAGGUAUACGACUUCCCCGCGAGUAAAGAAACACCAUUCCAGAACCAAGUUAUUGUCCGAAACCACCGCUCCGUCUUUCACGAAUACAACGAAGGUGAAGAGGAACUGCUAGGAGAAGAAGAGUCUGGUCCGCCCAUUGAGGAGGAUGAGGGUGGUGACUCGGUCAUAAACGCACUCCCCGUCUCUGCUUCUUAUUAUCAAAACCUGUAUCACUCUAUCCUCAUGCGCCGGCCCGUCGUACAGCAAACGGGCAAAGGCAAGAUCAGGCGUGUGGCCUAUAUGGUGUUAGUGGGCGAUGGCAAGGGCCUGGUCGGGUAUGGCGAGGGCAAGCACAGCAACGCCGCCGUGGCGCUCAAGGCGGCGCGCAUCGCGGCCGUGAAGAACAUGGACUGGGUCGAACGCUUUGAACAGCGUACGAUUUGGACGGAGAUGCGCACCAAGCUCGGCGCGACGCAGCUCAUCUUGCGCCCACGUCCGGUUGGGUUUGGGCUGAGGUGUAACCCCUUUUUGCAUCAGAUUCUAAGGGCAGCGGGUUUGAAGGAUAUUAGUGCCAAGGUAUGGGGGAGCAGGAAUAAGCUCAAUGUUAUCAAGGCAGCAUUUAGGAUGCUACACGCGGGUCAUGCGCCCACGGGCAUGGGCGAUGGCGUGGGUGGAAAGGGGAAGAAGUUGAGCAAGGGCUCAGGAGUGAGGGGCAAGGCUGAGAUUGAGCGCGCUAGGGGAAGGAAGUUGAUCAGUCUCAGGCAUUAG